AGAGAGGAAAAAAUUCAAGAUGGCGAAAGGCACGCUGCCCGUAGAUAUGGAACUACGGAAGGCAUUCCAAGAACUGCAAACUAAGAUGAUAACUACAACACAACAAAUAAAGCUGUCCAAUGCACAGAUUGACACUUUGAAGAGAACUGUGCAACAUUCGAAGUUAGUGGAUCAGGAGAUCACCUCACUACCACCAAGUACACGCACAUACGAAGGAGUAGGUCGAAUGUUCAUUCUGCAGUCAAUUCCUGAUAUUCAAAAGAAUCUCCAACUGAAAGUGAAAGCUUCAGAAGAGAAAAUGAAAUCAUUAGAGACAAACAAAGGUUACCUGGAGAGAAGUUUGAAGGAGAGUCAGGACAACUUGAGGGAACUAAUUGUGUCUAAACAACAAUCAAGAUAGACUUUGAAUGUUCAUUUAUACUACAUGUCGCUUUUCUCUACUUUUAAACAUACUUUCCAUGUUUGGAAACAUUUCUUAAAUUAUAUUAUAAAAUGUUGCAUUUAAUAAGCAAUUAAAAUGUAAUAUAAAUAGAUA